AUGAAUGUUUUCCUCUUGCCAUCAAACACUUGCAAGGAGUUAGAGCGGCUUAUGGCCAAGUUCUGGUGGCACUCAGAUUCAAGUAGCGGUAAGGUUUCAUUUGGCGUAGUAUUCUUGAAGCAAAUUAAAGAUCUUAUCCACACCUGUGCUCAAAGAACAAUUGCUAGUGGGAAAAAUGUCUCCAUUCUAAAUGAUCCUUGGCUUCCACAUAAUUCAAACAAGUAUGUUGUCUCACGGAACCCUACUCUUGUGAAUAAUUCGGCCAGCUGCCUCUUUCAAGUCGGUACUCGAGCGUGGGAUGAGGAUGUUAUGAGGGACCUGUUUGUUGCCCGUGAUCAGGACCUUAUUUUGUCCAUUCAGCUUAGUCAUUCGGCAGCUAAUAAUGGUUGGAGUUGGCGACUUGAGACUUGUGGGAAUUAUUCGAUCAGUAAUUUUUUAUGGCGAGCUGCUUCGGGUGUGCUUCCAACUUGUUUUCAACUCCAAAAGCGUCAUGUUCCUGUCAAUGCCGACUGCCCUUUGUGCAACCCUAGUACUGAAACUAUUCAACAUGCGUUGGUUGAAAAUUCAUUUGCAAAGGCUGCUUGGCAUCGCAGCAUAGUGGACGUCGGGGCUGGGGCUGCAACAUUCAACAGCUGGUUGUUCAGAAUUUCCAUCAGGGGGCACGAAUUUGAAAUGGAGGAAGUGGCGAUGGUGAGUUGGGCUAUUUGGCGUGCCCGGAAUGACUUUGUUUGGCAAAAGAAGAGUUGGCUUGCUUCAAAUAUUAUAACAUCAGCUAGAACCAUACUUGAUCAAUACAAAUUUGCUCAGGGAAGGAAGGGCCUUUCGUUGUCUCCUUUGAAUGAUGGGGGCGGAACUGUGAGCGUUAGAUUGCACCUGUGUUAA